AUGAGUCCCACCAAUAUGCCCUUAUGGGGCCGAGACCUAUCGUCCGACUUGAGCAAUGCCAAAUCUACCUUGUCGAGUUGGGAUUCAUGCAUGGCAAAGGCCUACUGCAAGUGGCCUGUGAUCGCUGCAAUUAUUGUGGGAGGCGUAAUCGUGCUCGCAAUCUUAGCUUGCAUCAUAAACUGUGCCUGCCUUGGUUACCAGUGUUGUACCUGUUGCUGUUCAUGCUUCUCAUGCUGCUGCCCCUCGGGAAGACGUCGUAACAAGGUGCCCAAGUACUAUGAUGACCCUACUUUCAACAAUCCUCAUAGCGCAACACCUUUCGACCAGCCACCUAGGCCUGCGCCACCUGCUUACCGUGGAGCUGUAACCACGGCCACAUUCGACAGUUCCAAAGCGCCAUCUUCGACUGUGAACGAGGAUGCUCUGCCAGAGAUGCCUACGUGGGCUUCUGCGGUAGACAAGCACGUCGAGGAUGAUCGCCAUGAGGAUGUCGAAAUGGAACCAUUGAAUGCGAUGGGCCAUCCGGACCGACAUGGAGCAGGCACGCCAAUGCACCCAGGAAGUGGCUACUCGGACUACCAACCUGAGCACGGUACCAACGCGCUGUCAGGAUACAGAGGCUUUGGACCGACAGAUCCAUACGCCCGCCGUUCCCCAGCUCCAGCCGCAUUGGCCGCCACCCAAGAUCCAUAUGGACGUCGCUCUCCAGGCAUUGCCGCCACGACCCCGGCAAUGGACCCUUACGGCCGCCGGUCCCCUGGCCCAGCGGCUGCAUUCAACACUCCUCCAGAUCCAUACGGCCGCCGGUCGCCAGGGCCAGCCGCCGCAUACGGCACACAUGACCCAUACGCUGGAGCUCCUCGCUCUCCCGGUCUCACAUCCCCCGUCGGCGCAGCCGGUCCUUACGAUCAGCACUCCGCGUACGAACACCAGGCGACCUACUCAUCUCCUUACGAGGACUACAGCCCUGCCAAUGCGGGCCACAGCCCCUUAGACGCCGGUCCACCAGCCGGCUACCGUGGUCUCACUUCUCCCUCCCCGGUGGCCGCAUACAAGCCGCCAACUACCUACAGCCCCGCCCCGAUGCCAUACGCUAGCCCUACCUCUCCUGGCCCAGAGCAGCACCGGGGCCCGGGCUUCCAGCGCCAGCCCUCCUUCGGCUCAAACCAGUAUCCCCCGACCUACGUCUCGCGCGUCAUGUCCCCCGGUGUCUCGGCAACACCACCCCCUCCUUUCCAGUCACAGCCCCCUUCAGAGUACGGUGGUCAUGACCACUCAGUUGGAAUGGCAGUAACAUCGCCAACCCGGGACCGUCCACCUAGUCUUCUGCAGAGCGGAAGACAACCAGGCCCAGGCCCAAUGCACUAA